CAGCAGUGACGGAUUUCCGGUUCCACCUUGGAUGAGGCGCUAGCUUUAGCAGCUAGCUGCAGCAGCUAACGGACGGCGGGAAGUUUAUUUUUUUAUUUUUACAAUUAAAUCAAAACUCUGCGUCGACCGAAACUACCAGACUAUUUUCGCUUGUAAGGUCCCCGCCUCUCAUUGAUGGCUCUGUAGUCGGUGAAGACAGCUCCGCGGCUAACAUGGCUAACGUCGUGAACCAGACCCAGGCCGUGAAGCCCGCUUCAGGGAAACACGGGAACGUUCUGCCGCUGUGGGGCAACGAGAAAACCAUGAACCUCAACCCCAUGAUCCUCACGAACGUUCUGUCCUCGCCAUACUUCAAGGUCCAGCUCUACGAACUCAAGACCUACCAUGAAGUGGUCGACGAGAUCUACUUCAAGGUCACUCACGUUGAGCCCUGGGAAAAAGGUAGCAGGAAGACUGCAGGCCAAACUGGAAUGUGCGGAGGGGUCCGUGGAGUUGGAACCGGUGGGAUUGUAUCUACUGCUUUCUGUCUUCUAUAUAAACUGUUUACGCUCAAACUGACCCGCAAACAGCUGAUGGGUCUGAUCACUCACACAGACUCUCCGUACAUCAGAGCCUUGGGCUUCAUGUACAUAAGAUACACUCAGCCCCCCACAGACUUGAUAGAUUGGUACGACGGCUUCCUGGAUGAUGAGGAGGAACUUGAUGUGAAGGCCGGCGGCGGCUGCGUGAUGACCGUCGGGGAGAUGCUGCGCUCCUUCCUCACCAAGCUGGAGUGGUUCUCCACGCUGUUCCCCCGCAUCCCCGUGCCCGUGCAGAAGAUCAUCGACCAGCAGAUGAAGGCCAGGCCGCGGAAGGUGGUCCAGAAGGAACCGCAGGAGGAGGAGGCCGCCACCACGGAGACGGCCAGGCAGGGAGAGCGGCGGCGCUCCAGGACUCCCAGACGGACCCCCAGCCCCCGAAGGUCUCCCAAACGGUCCCGGAGCCGGAGCCACCACCGCGACAAAGAGCGCCACGGGCCCAGCUUCGACCGCGAGCUGGAGAGAGAGCGAGACCGGCAGAGGAAGGAGCGGGAGGGCCGGGACCGGGACAGGGACCGGGGGGACCGCGGGGACAGGGACAGACGGCGCUCCCGCAGCGCCGACCGAAACCAGGAGCGCCGAGACCGCAGGAGGAGUCGCAGCGUCAGCCGGGAACGAAGGAGCGAACGCAGGGAGAAGGAACGAGACGGCGGGGACGACCGCAGCAGGAGGAAGGACAGGGACCACCACAAAGACAGGGCCACGGACAGGGACAGGUCCAGGGACAAGAAGAGCAGGGCGGACGCCGACGAGCGGAGGCACAAAGACGACAGGGACAGGCACAGGGAGGACAGGAAGGCCAAGAGGCCCAGCCGGAGCCGGAGCCGGGACCGGAGGCACAAGAGCGGCGGCGAGGAGAAGAGCAGGAAGAGAGAGCGCAGCCACAGCAGAGACAGAGACAGAGAGCGCGAGCGCGACGGAGAGCGCCGCUCCCACAAACGCAGCCGCAGCAAAGACAAGAGCCACCACCAGCGAGAGCCCAGCGCCGACCACGGCAAGCACAGCGAGCGCCGGAGGAGUCAGAGCGCCGACUGAACCCUCCCCCGCCCGCCGCUUUCUGUGUCCUCCUGCUCUUUCACUCCCCGUUAGAUCGCUAGUCCUCACACAGCGUCUGAGACGCCACACAAAGGCAUUCGAGUUUUCUACGGUUGUCGUCCCGGGACUGUACAUAACGUCUGGAGGCCGUCCGCACACCGUCAGCGGGUGAAGCCUGUCUGCCGGCUCCACCUGCUGCUACACACUCUGUCAUUUCACUGCUGGCUGUACGACCGUCGACACGCUCAUCUGUAAAGGGUUGACUCGUACUGGAAUACCCGAGAGCUCUCAGUUCAGGCUUCUGGCUCCGUCAGUGAAGGUGUGUGGACACGCAGGGAGCCGCAGACGGAUGUGUGGACCUCCCUCCAGCCCUGCUCGUCUUGUUUGGGUUAAUGCUCUGUUGCAUAUUCUUUUCUAAUAAAACCCUUUUACAAACAAGGUGGAGCUGUUCUUU